UUUAAUGUGUUCAAUGCUGUGUCUCAGGUAAAGACCAUUUAAGGAGUAUGAGAAUUACGUGUCCAGUAUACGCAUACUUUAUGGUGAAAACUAAUUGUAUCUCAUGUGUAAAUAUAAUUUAUGUUAGGAGUGUUUUUAUAAAGGCUGAUUAUGUCCACAGCACUUUGCUGGAGAUGUGCUGUCUGUAAAUUAGACGGUCGAGGUUCCGUAUUAUUACAUGCCCCCAAAUAUAUAGAAACUCACCAGUGAAAUCGAGAUCCCCAUAUGAUCUCAGCACUAGAAUGCUGCACAUUUGGUAUUUCGUUGAAUUUCAUGAUUUGAUGGCUUCUCAAGGGAUUUCAGUCAAAUUCAGAAGAUGCCAGGUCCCCAUGGAAAAGGCCACCAUCUGGACAAGAGUUUACACAUAUCUUGUCUACCGAAUAUCUCUCCACUUAUAGAGCAGACUAUGUGGGUACACACAAAGGUAAAUAAUAUAAUGACAUAUUUUGUCAUGUAAACUCUAAAAUGACGGUGAAACUAACGUCAUUACGUCAUUUUUGGAGGCAUAGUUCUUGGCGGUUUUUCCCAUUUCAGGGUUUCAGAUGAAAUAUGAAACCGCAACUGCUCCUAGGAAAAAGAAAGCUGUUCCUCAGUGUUUUGUGACGGAAAUGAGACACAGUUAUCAGCAACCACAAAAGCUAGCAAAGCUAAAGAACAACACCUCCCGCUAUGGAUGUAACACCCUGCAUGGCGUGUACGCCAAAGGCAUAGUCCCAAAUGUGGUUUUUGGUCAAAUUCGCUAUCAAGAGACCAAGAAACCACUCACCACCUAUUCCAGGCACAUUGGAGUCAAAAUAGUGGACAACCGUGGUAUGCUCAUGUCCCUGCAACCCAGCGAGCACCAGCAGCUUUCUGGACAUGUUACAGGCACUGAUAAGCAGGUCCUGGAAGCUGCUGUGCAAAGUCCUGCUCCAUCCAGUCCUGCACAAAGUACAGAGUAUGUGGCUACUAUCCACCCUCAGGUCACCGAACACGUACCAGGAUGGAUAUCAGAAUGGCCGGGGCCUCUGUAAAUGGGCUGGUUUCAGUCAACCAAAGUCCAAGCUGGACUUUGUCAUGUGGGGUAGCAUGUAACAUAGUAGUUAGAGCAGUUGCCUUCCGUUCAAAAGAUCCAACUUUGAAUCUUUUCACCUUCUGUUGUCCCCUCUGGUAAGGUAAUUACCCUGAAUUGCUCCACUAAACUUAUACCAGUCUGUAAAUGUGUAAAUAAUUUCAAGUAGCUUAGUUCAUAAAUCUCUCAUAGGUCACUUAGGAAAAAGGCAUAAUCUAAAUUAAUACACACACACACACACAUUUUCAGAACCGCUUGUCCCAUACG